UACCGUUCCUUUCACGUAAUCCCCUUUAUAGUUAUUUAUUUAUUUAUUUAUUUAUUUAUCAUCGCUCAUCGCACAGCACCCACAAAGCAACCAGCCGCAAGAAAGAGACAAACACAGUGCUGUUGUAGGAUAGUUUGAAACAGGUAGUUGAAUCGAUUUGGUAUCCCGUUGCUACGGACAACAUGACAUUUUUAAGACCUUGAAGUACAUGUACAACCAGAAUUGAUUGAUUGAAUCGAAUCGAAUCAUUCGGUUAUUCUGUUGGCGCAAGUACUGUAAGUCUCUGAGGGCAGAAGCGUCGACCGAUGCCUUCCAAGCCAAGAUGGUUCCUACUACUGAUUGCUGGGUUUGUGGCUGUGGCAGUGGAAUCCUUUCUUGUUCCACCACCACAUGCGAGACGCUCUCCACCACGAGACCUAUCUGCCACCUCUGACCAGAGUGACGAGGCAAGAGACGACAAGGAUGUCGGCAGAAGUGUUUCUUUUUGUGGAGGGACCAUGGAAUUGACAUGGCAUGAUUCCAUUGGCGACAUCCCUGCCAGUCAGUGGGAUGCUUGUUGUUUGGCGAGAAGUGGCAAUCAUAGCAGCAAGAGUCCGUUUUUGGAACACGCUUGGCUCCACAGUCUGGAAGAAUCAGGCUGCGCCUCGGCGGAAACGGGAUGGAUUCCUCGGCACCUCUCCAUCCGAAUUGUUGGAGAGGAGGAGGACGUUUUGACAGGCAACAACGAGACUGCAACAUCAACCACAAUUGACGGGUGCGUUCCAGUAUAUCUCAAAACACAUUCCAUGGGAGAGUUCAUUUUUGACAGUUCUUGGGCUGAAGCAGCCUAUCGCAAUGGGAUCGAAUACUUCCCCAAAUUGCUUGUCGGUGUGCCUUUUACGCCUGUAUCGGGGCCUCGCAUAUUGUGGCAUUCCAGAGUACUGGAAACAUUUCCAUUGGAAUACCUCGAUGGUGCUGUGGGCAGCUUCUUGAAACAAACGGCGCUGGGACACAAUUGGUCUACUGUACACAUCAACUUUUGUACAGAUCAAGAAGCAACUGUCUUGUCCAGCUACGAGGGGCAGGAGUGUGAACUAUAUCCUGACGAACCAGACUCCGCAAUAAGCAACAACAAUAGGAACGAGAUUGACAAUGAUGACACUGACAGGAUUCGUCAGCGGUUGCAAGCUCUGCUUCUGCGACAUCUCAGACGCAACAACACCGAUACGUUUCUGCGACGGACUUCACUGCAGUAUCACUGGCAAAACCGCCACCCCUUACAGAGCGGACGGCCCUUUACAGACUUUGAAGACUAUCUGAGUUGCUUCAGAAGCAAACGGCGUAUCAAUAUUCGGAGAGAACGAACACUAGCAAGGCAAGGGCAGCAACUGUAUCCUCGUCAAGAUGAUGACGACAGCAAUUGCAGACCCAUCCGAAUUGAUGCCAUUGUAGGAGCCGACAUUCUGCAGGUGGAAGGAUUGGUGGAGCAAAUGUUUGAAAUCUAUCGGUCCACCGUCGACAAACUCUACUGGGGACGACAAUACUUGACACUGGAAUUCUUCCAAAGGUUGUGCCAAUCAUCCUUCAUACACAACCUGUGCUUUUUGUGCGCAAGGUAUGAUGAUGACGUUAAUGGAAGUACUGGCACAGUUUCAUGGGACGCAAAAGACGUCUUUGCCGGAACCUUCAACGUUGUGAAGGAUGGCGUCUUUUAUGGAAGAUACUGGGGUUGUUUGCCAGGUCAUGAUAUCAAAAACUUGCACUUUGAAACCUGCUAUUGGGCGGCUAUCGAAUACUGCAUUCAGAAUUGUCUCCUCCGCAUGGAGCCUGGAGCGGGUGGGGGUGAUUACAAAUGGGCACGAGGGUUCGACCCACAAGUGAUACAUUCAGUACAUUAUGUUUGCAACCCUUGGUUGCGACAAGCCAUAUUCCACUUCAUUGAAUCGGAAACAGAGUACCACUUGUCCUUGCGGCAUGAACUGCUAGACAGGAGUUCGGUGGCAGAAAGGGAGAACCUGAAAAGUGCGACCUGAUAAUGCAACUAAUAACGUUGGCAUUCUGGGCCAAAAAAACCAGAUUUUGUAUAAGCUGGACGAAAGACCUCGGCAAGCUGAAAACACAAAUGGAGCCAAGUCCUCCCAACGGUUCAAGGCUGCCUUUGCAUUCCCGACGUCCAUCAAGCGGCCAUGAAUGAACAUCGAACAAUCAUCAGUUUGGCACAGAGGAGGACAGCUGAGGGGCAAAUCAGCCUUCAGAAUCUGCGGAUCCGAGAACUGUUCCUUGCAUUUCUUGGAGGAAAAAACACGUUCCAAAACGCUCUCUCUCACUAAAAUGCUGAGGUCUCAUGAAAGGAUAUUGUCCCAAAGAAAUGAUGCAUCACACAGGCCAAGCCCUGUUGCAAUCCGGCAAAGUUCUCGGGAUGAGAAGGUAAUGGAGGCAAUGGAAGCCAUGUACGGAGGCCAUGUACCGGUACAUUGCAGUGGGCUGCGGGGUCUCUUUUCAAUGUUCAUGGCCAAACAAAACUACUUUGCGCUCAACCUUUCCCGUACCAGUGGUGAGCUACGAUGACAAGAAUUCUUAGAAACAUAAAAUUUAGCAUGCAACAUUCCAACAG